AUGUCUCGCCUUGGAUUACGCUGGGGAGGGGAAUUGGAUUGGUGGCUAGAUGGAACUUAUGGCUCAGUCAAAUUCGAUUCUGAACGAGCUGUCGACUCCCAGGAUACAUCGAGGCAGCAGACUUGCUUUUCUCCUUAUGACUCGAACCAGCAAACAGGCUUAUUGUUACUGGCACCAGUACCUCUUUUCUUUGCGGAGGAUCGGGGUACAGAAGAUAUUAUAGGCUGCCUUGCUCAAGCAGGAGACUGGUUGACUAAAGUUGCUCAUCCAGAAGGUGUCGCCUCUUACGUCAAAGCAAAUUCACGUCGUGUGGCCAAGCCCAUAGACAAAAGAGGUCCUCCUCCUCCGCCUGAGCAUUGGCGAUCGAGCCACGACACACUCAAAUCAAUCGUCGAUGGUUAG